AUGGCUAUUCACACGGGAAUGCACCCUUCUUUGAUCUUGAAGGCCAUACCGGGAGCUGGCAUCAGAUACGAGAAAACCAUUGCGUGUGGCUCUGUUGUGUCCUACAGUAGUUAUGUCCGCAUGAUUGACACGGUUGUCCCUGGAGCAGCUUACAACACCUCUACAUUCUUUUGGUUCUUCCCCGCACUGAACCAUACCGGAGCAAACCUCGCCUUGUACCUCGCGGGUGGCCCCGGUGAAGCCUCCAGUUUCGCCGCCCUGACAGAGAACGGGCCAUGCAUUUCCAGUAAAGAUGGAAACCCUGUCAUCCCGAACCCAUUCCCGUUCAACCAAACGGCGCACGUGCUGUAUGUAGAUCAGCCAAACCAGAUCGGCCUCAGUUAUGAUAGGAUUGUGGUCGGUGUGUUCGACGCCCUUGGAGGGUUCGCUGGAUGGGGAGACGGGCGACCCCAUGAGGAAGGGCAGCGACGACCUGGCACAUCUUUUGAACCACGGCACGCGCAUGGCCCUGGUCUACGGCGACCGCGACUGGCGACGCAACUGUGA